GUUGCUGUUCAUUCAGAAGACCUCACUUCUGUAUAGUGAAGUUCAGAAACAGAUCUUUCUGUUUGGUAUUUGUGCCAUGCCUGAUGAACAGUAUGGAAGUUGGAAUGAUGUGGCACACAUGCACUUGUGUUAUGAAAAAGCUGUUGCCUUAGAAGAAAAAUCUUCACAUGUAAUUUAUGAGUUUGGUGUUACAAAACAGGAAUGGGAAGAGAAUUAUGACGAAGUACCAGAGGAGACUAAGAACACAUUCCACAGGGUACAAACUGAUGAAUAUGAUGAUACACAAGAAGAUAAGUUUAGUUUUGAAUUAAUUGUCAAUGAUGAUGAUAAAUCAGAAGAUCAGGUUUUGAGUGUGAAAAAAGGAAAGAAUUUUAGAGAUGAAUUUCCACAAAUUGACUCUGUGUUGGAAAAUUUACCUGAUACGAAGAUUUAUCAAAACUUUUGUGGAAAUCACCCCAAAGAAUAUGAGAGAAUACCUGUUGUAUCUGGUGAAGAACUUUCAAGUAAAAGUAACCUAAAGAGUCAUGAGAAGAUACACACAGGGGAGAAACCAUACAGUUGUGUAAUAUGUGGAAAACAGUUUACCAGUAACUGUUACCUAAGGAUUCAUCAGAAGAUGCACACUGGAGAGAAGUCAUACGGUUGUGAAACAAGUGGAAAACAAUAUAGAAAAAGUUCUGACCUAAACGUUCAUCAGAGAGUGCACACUGGAGAGAAACCAUACAGUUGUGUAAUAUGUAGCAAAGAAUUUAUAUGUAAAAAUUAUCUAAGAAGUCAUAAGAAUAUACAUACUGCAGAGAAAUUAUACACUUGUGUUAUUUGUGGAAAACAUUUUGGAACAAAAAAUAAACUUGAAAUACAUAGGAGGAUACACACUAAGGACAAACCAUACGGUUGUGGUGUGUGUGGCAAAGUUUUUGUAAAUAAGAGUUACUUAAAGACACAUGAAAAUAUACAUACUGGAGAGAAACCAUAUGGUUGUGUAGUAUGUGGUAAAGAAUUUAAAAGUAAAAGUUACCUAAAGAGUCAUGAGAAGAUACACACUGGGGAGAAACCAUACAGUUGUGUAGCUUGUGGUAAAGAAUUUAUAAGGAAAAGUAAUUUAAAAGCUCAUGAGAAUAUACACAUUACAGAGAAACCAUACAGUUGUGUUGUAUGUGCAAAACAAUUUGGAACAAACAGUAAACUUGAAAUACAUGAAAGGAUACACACUGGUGAAAAACCAUACUGUUGUAAUGUAUGUGGCAAAGAAUUUAUAUGUAAUAGUUACCUUAAGAGUCAUGAGAAGAUACAUGCUAGGAGGAAACCAUACAGUUGUGUAGUGUGUGGUCAAGAAUUUUUAUGUAAAGUUCACCUAAAUAGUCAUAAGAAGAUGCACACUGGUGAGAAAUUGUAUAGUUGCAUAGAAUGUGGUAAAGAAUUUGUAAAAAAGUGUUAUCUAAAGAGACAUGAGAAGAUGCAUAAUAUAGCAAAACAAUUCAGUUGUGACAUAUGUGGAAAACAAUUGGGUACAAAAAGGAAGUUAAAUAUACACCAAAGGAUACACACUGGUGAAAAACCAUACAUUUGUGUAAUAUGUGGCAAAGAAUUUUUAUGUAAAGUUUACCUAAAGAAUCAUGAGAAGACACACAGUGGUGAGAAACCGUAUAGUUGUGUAGAAUGUGGAAAACAAUUUCGUACAAAAAGGAACUUUAGUAUACACCACAGGAUACACACUGGGGAGAAACCAUACAGUUGUUCAGUAUGUGGCAAAGGAUUUAGAAGUAAUGGUUAUCUAAAGAAACAUGAGAGAAUACAUACAGGGGAGAAACCUUACAGUUGUGUAGAAUGUGGCAAAAAAUGUACAAGUAAUAGUUAUCUAAAAAUCCAUCAGAGAAUACAUACAGGGGAGAAACCUUACAGCUGUGUAGAAUGUGGGAAAAAAUUUACAUAUAGUAGUCAUCUAAAGAUCCAUCAGAGAAUACACACAGGAGAGAAACCAUACAGUUGUAUUGUAUGUGGCAAAAACUUUGCAGCUAAAUGUUACCUAACAACUCAUGAGAAGAUACACACUAGGGAGAAAUAUGACUGUGUAGAAUGUGGGAGAAUUUUUAUAAAUAAAUUUUACCUGAAUAAUCAUAAGAAAAUACACAAUGAGGAGAAAUCAUAAGUUGUACGAGUUAAUGAAUGUUUAAGUAAUUGUUACUUAGUGACUUUUGAGAAUGUACCUACAUAGAUCAGAAUUAAAAAUUAAAUCGGUAAGUAAUAAUGUUUAAUCAGUGAUCAAUAGUAUUGAUUAACUUUCCUAAAAAAUCAUAAUUGGUAUAUAUUAGUGGAAAAAGCCCUUAUUUUUUCCUUUAUAUUAGUAUUUCCAUGUCUAGUUUAUCAAGUGGUAGCCAUUUGAACCACAUAACUUUAUACAUUGAGAUAGUGUUUUGCUCCAGACUGUGUAGUUAAUCUAGCUAUUUCUAGGAGUUUGUAUUUUGUUUGUCAAGACAAAGUUUUCCCAUUAUGGAAUGAGUUGGUGUGGAUUAACUUCUGGAAUGUUCUCCAAAAGUUUAGAAGAAGAUUAAUAGUGAGUUUAUUUUAUUGAUUCUGUUCUAAUGAGUGAAUUUGUUAGUCAUUUAGUUAGUUCGGCUUUGGAAUAUUAAGCUUGUGGUUUAAAUGCAUUAAUAACAGAUAAGCUAAAUGUUGUGUCGAGUAUGAGAAAGCUAUCAAGCCAGGCAAAUUGUAUUAUUGUAUACACUGAAGUUAGACCUGUGAGUGAACGUUAGUUACUUUAAAUGUAAAAGUUGUUACAGA